GCAGCCUGCACAACGUCCGGCACAAGGGAGCCAGGGCCAGCAGGAGAGAGCACUGUGGCAACAGCAGCAGCAGCAAAACAGAGUCGCAGAAACGAUCGAUAUAUAAACGAGUCGAGCGACCGAGCUAGGAGGCUUAAUUCGAAGCGGCCGGAGCGAUGGGGAAAGGCCGGGCACCGUGCUGCGCCAAGGUGGGGCUGAACAAGGGCUCCUGGACGCCCGAGGAGGACAUGCGCCUCAUCGCCUACAUUCAGAAGUACGGCCACGCCAACUGGCGCGCCCUGCCAAAGCAAGCAGGUUUGCUCCGGUGCGGGAAGAGCUGCCGGCUCCGGUGGAUCAACUACCUCCGGCCGGACCUCAAGCGCGGCAACUUCACCGCCGAGGAAGAGGAGACCCUCAUCAAGCUCCACGCCAUGCUCGGCAACAAGUGGUCGAAGAUCGCGGCGUGCCUGCCGGGCAGGACGGACAACGAGAUCAAGAACGUCUGGAACACGCACCUCAAGAAGCGGGUGGCCGCGGCGAGCGGCGGGGAGAAGAAGAAUAAGAAGAACACGAAGAACAACAAGGAAAGCGGGGCCAAGAGACAGAAGAAGCCCGACUUACCGCCGGCGCCCUCGCCGUCUCAGUCCUCCUCCACCACAACCACGACGACAACAACCAACUGCUCCAGCGGCGACUCCGCAGGGGAGCAGCAGAGCAACACGAGCAAGGAAACCGACGCGCUGGAUAACAUCAUGGAGAUCCCCACGCUCGACGCCCUCGGCUUCGACUUCGACAUGCUGGUCCAGGACACGGACCCCGUCCCCGCCCAGACAUCGUACUGCGUCCCGCCGCCGGCGGCGGCGGCCUCGCCCUGCUCGUCCGCGUCCCCGCCGUGCGCGGCAGACGGCGAGCUGCUCGACCUGCCUGAGCUCGACAUCGUGCCGGAGCUUUGGAGCAUCAUCGACGGCGACGCCGAGGCCCCGUGGAGCAAUGCGGCGGCGGCGUGCCACGUGGAGGCGGGCGAGGACGGGAAGGAGUGGUGGUUGGAGGACCUGGAGCGGGAGCUGGGCCUGUGGGGGCCCAUGGAGGACUACCAGUGCAUCAACCCGGGCCCACAGGCCCAGUCGGGUCGUGUGGACCCGCUUUCAGUUUCUGCCGGCGUGGAGCUGGACCCUGUGUCGUGCUACUUCCAAGCUGGCCCCGCCGUCGCCACGUCGGCCCUGCAGGGAUCCGAGCACUCUGCGGUUCUCACGGAUAACCGGAUGGAUUUGUGAGAUCAUUAUUGCCCGUUCGAUCCUUAGCAUAGAAACAUCCAACACGAUCGAACGGAUGACAUUGAUGCUAUAUCAUGCUAGCGCAACACACACACGUAUCACUGCGGAGGCGUACGCCUUCAAGACACGAGUACAACUCCAGCACGUUGUAGUUAGGCUAGGAUGCACAGAAAAGAAGAUGUUAAAAAUAAUUUUGGGUGUAUGUGUUGGGGGCAAAAGUGGUGUUGCAACGCAAACCACAAAAGGGUAGUCAAGAUUUCCGGUACUUAAUUAGCCCGGAAUGUAACUUAACUUCAAUUGCCGAUUGGUACGAAACACGACCAAGUAUACUGGUGUAUGUAUGUGCAUGUGGUCAUGCUGAUGUAAGCGCUUUAUCAUGGGAAAUUUCCUGCUACCGUUUUAGCUGGGCCAA